AUGACAUCUGGAGCCCUCGCAAGUGAUAAAAUAUCUGAUCUUGCGCCAACUAGAUUCACGAAAUACAGAGCACAGGUUGACCAAGAUAGCCUUACAAGUGUUGACCCAAAGCAGCUACAAGGCGAACUCCCAAGUAAGAUUAAAGAGAUUCAAACACAGGUUGUUACUGUCUCUUUGGCAUCCAUCGACAAACUCAACACCGAAGCCGGACAACAACUAGAGCUCGUCACCUCCACCCUCAGCCAGCUCUGCGGUGCGGUUCAACGUGCCCUCAAGGAUGUCAACUUUUUCCUGAACAACUUUAAAGAAGGGCAAAUUGGCGAGAAACUGGAGGCUAUCAAAGAGAAGAUCAACAAGUUACAAAGCAUUGAUUUGCAGAAAGUCAUCCGGUUGACCGAUGCAUUUGAGGGCUUCUCCGCCGACGAAUGUGCAAAGACAAUCGCGGAGCUAGACAAACAUGUCGCCGAACAAGUCACACAAGCCACCGAAAAACUCACCACCCAGGCCAAAAAGCACUACGUCUCCACCCUCAAGACUGAGUUGCAGAACUUCACCGUCAGAGUUCAGGGCCACUUGACUGGACUGACGCCGCUUAUUGACAAGGAUCUGACCAUUGGUUACAAGGGGCUGAUGAAGACUGUGCAGGGCGUUAAGUUUAUUGUUGAACACAAAAAGGACGCUGAGUUCGACACGUCGUCAGACACGACUCUCCUCACUAAACUGAACGACGCUGUAACUCUGCCACCCAGGCAAGAGAAGCCAACCAAAGAACAUUUCAAGGAGUUGUCAUCAGCGUUCAAACAUUACUUCAACAACAUCCACGGCUACGUCAAGGAAGAGAUUUCGAGGCUGGACAAGCAGUACAAACACACGCUUAAUUACCAGCUAACACACACUGAAUCGAAAUACCUUGAGAAGCUCUACACCUCCAAACUCGACGCUGCUAAUACCGCGCUCAACAACCUACUCGAUCACAUUAGUAAUCACCGCUAUAACCACGAAGUGCCCGCCAUGCUAGAUCAGCUCUCCGCUGCAAUUGCCACCCUCGCUCCCGAAUCCUUCGCCAGGACCACGACCCCCCUGCUUGACGGUAUCGGCAAGGGUGUUGAAGGGUUUGUUAGUGAGCUCGAAAAGGCGUACACCUCCGUCUACGACAGUGAGACUUUUGGCGGUGAGAUGUUCGAGAAAGAUAAAUUAACGCCGUAUGGCGCAAAAUUCGCCAAAAUAUGCCUCACCGUGGUCUGCACCCUGAAGGCCACUUUGACCGACUUGACGCACAAUUGCAAGAGUCUACGUGGACAGCAAAUUAAUAAGUCCACCGACGUGGGAAGAUCGUUUGUCGCCCACGGCUACGCGGUCUCCGAUGCGACGCUGCAGAACGGUGAGUUGCAAAACAAACCGACAGUUGCGGGGGAGAACGUUGCUAAGCGGUUGAUGUUACAAAUUAGCGGCGCCGAUGACAACCAACACCUUAGAUGGUGUGAAUCGAACAAGCAGAGAAAAGCCGACCACUUCCACGUCUUCGACGCCAUUGACUGCAUAUUCAGCCACUUCGAGCAGUACAACGAACUGUGCCACCUGCUCACGGUCUCAGCGAAGCAGCACCCGUGCUCCGUGUACGACAUAUUGAUCUGGCUCAGCGGUUUCCCGUACACUGCCGUGUACUCCGCGAUGCGUGAUAUCACCAUCAGUGAUCUAUUUGACAACCCGCAUAAGAAGGCGGCAGGCGACGACGAACUUGAGCUCACAUCGACUGACAUGGCAGCCCAAUCCAUAACAGCACACCCCCGGAACAUAUCGUAUACUUACGUACGUAAAGCCGUGGACCAUAUCUGUGCAACGUCGUAUGACGUAUUGACUGCCGUCGUCGGCACUGGCGACUCCAGGAGCGUCUACGCCUCCGACUUCUGCAACAACUCAUUCAACUUCCAUUACCCAUCCGAUCCGUCGGACUGCCUGGACAUGCUGCUGGACCUACUGCGCCGAUUGUUGCCCGUGUUGCGGUUCCUGGAACUGCAGUGCAACAUCACGCCUGAACACCACGGCUGGUCACACUGCCGCUACGGGAGGGACAUCCCUACAACGAAAUCGCGGUGUAACGAGCACUCAAGCGAGGAACCAAACGGCCAAGCAAAGUGCCAAGUAAACUGUCAACCAACGUCCCCGCUUAUGUUAUACCUCAGUGACAGCCUCCCUGGCCAUCUGCCGCACCAACUGCAGUCAGUGGGAUGCAGAGCGAAAUGCAGCACCUGCUCCAAGAGCGCUCCAGGGCAACCGUGCCUGCUUCCUCUCGGAUUCAAGGGCUUCUCUGGCAGCACCAAAACGGGCAGACAGUUGCGUGACGCAAUCAAGACCUUCAUCGGCACAGGCUUAAUAUCCUCACUGAUGUGCCUUCUGCCAAAGCCACCAUCGACGCUGCCGGAGCACUUCCAGUUUGUAUUCACGUUGGUUGGUGCGUUUAGUGCUAACAGAGAUGUAAACUCAAAUGCCGUCAAUGCUGCGUUUGUAAAGGCAAUUAAGAAGCAGUCCAUCGAAUUGUAUGCGGAGCCAGCCACACUCAUAGGCGCGCUUAGUGACGCUUACAAAAACGGCCAAGGUCAUGAGGGUAGAAAUCAUCCUAAACCUACUGAGGCCGACCUGUCAAGUCUGUCUAAAACGGAGUCCUGCAAAUACGCUAGUACUGACGACGUUCACUGCGCUCCGUACCUGACCACGUUGUACAGUGAUGCAUACCACUACGCUGCCGAGAAGCACGCCGGUCUCUACCUGUCAUGGGCAGUGUACUUACCGUGGUCGUUCUGGCAGUGUCUUGAAUCUUUGUUCAGGGCGUUUACCAAUAUAUCCUGCCAGGAUUGGGGAUGUCGUCGCUGUACGCACGGCACGGCUUGUAAACGGGGUAAGCAUGGCGCAGCCUAUAACUGCCAGUGCAAAGGCAUCGUUGAAUGCCGCGGUGUCGUAAGCACGUUAUAUAGUUUCGGAUUCACGUUCGGCAAUCCUGAAAAAUUGUUAGACGCUGAAGGUAGAAGGUAUUGCCACAAUUUCCACCGACAACUUCACAAUGUAUUAAAUUCCAACUCCUUCAGAAAGCUGUUCGAAAAAUGCGACGAAUUCAUCUUCACCAUCAGGCAGCCGUUUAUAUGGAUGACCGUCGCGCUUUGGUCACUAUCCCUCUUCUACCUCAUCUGCGUAAUGGUUGGCAGACUGGAUGUGCUCCACAUCAAAUCACACCUGAGGGUACCGUCGUCGCACAAGAUAACGGCGCAGUCAUUGUUGGCCGCAUCGCAAGUCGGAAGGCUUGCCAAGAUAUCGUACCUGCAGCCUUAA